GUUUCUUCAGCUCUGUGAGCACUGGCCAGGAGCACUACACGUACCGUAACGAAACCGGAAGCAUAGUCCAUCUUUUAGUCGAUCCUUGCCUAGCUGGUCUACACUCUCCUGAAGCAUUCAUUCACUCAACAUUAGUCACCAUGAUCGCCGGAUUCUCCAGAGCUAUCACUACUCUACUCGCUCCCCUGCUCGCCCUCACUGCAUUUCUACUCAUACUGUUCUCAUACCUCUCUCCGACUUUGAUGCUGUCCACCCAAGUGGCUCUACUUGUUGUCUCUCCGUCGACGGCUUUGACGAACUCCUCCUCUGCGUCUGUGGAUGGUCCGAACGUAUUCCUGGGAGCUCUCGGUUCAUGUUCGCGUCCAAAUAAGGAGGCGAGUGUGACGUGCACUGUGCCCACAGUAUCGCCUACAUACAAUCUCUCCGUGCUUCCAUCCAAUGCACCGGAUCUCUUGACUGCACCAACCUCGACGACUCCUGCUUUCAUUGCAGUCUCGCUUGCCUUCACAGUGAUCUUUCUGUUCAUGUACACCUUCACUGCCCACCGUGGCACGCUGGGCCGGAUCGGCGCACACUUCGAACGUCCUGGUGUCCAGAGGGCUACCGCGUGGAUUGGUUUGCUUGGCUUCUUGAUCGGCAUCACAUCUUUCCUCGUCCUCUUUAUGUGGUUUUGGAAGGCUGUGGAUGACUUCAACGACGACAUUUCCAAGAUUGGUAGCGAUGCUCCCGAGCUGAUUGCUUCCCUUAGCAAUGGAUUCGUCAUGGUCUGGGUGGCAUACGCAUUCUACGCCGUCCCACUUGUGAGCUCCCUUGCCAAACUGCAUGUCGCAGGUGGCAAGGCAUGAGGUGUCAAUCCGUCUAUGACCCGAGAACACGACUUCCAUGGACAUGAUGUAUCGUUUUCAUGAACUCUUCCCAGUUAGAUUGUAGCCCAAGCUCUUCAUGUAUCAUAUCCACAGCUAAUGGAUUGGCUAAUUGUAAAUGUUUCUAUGACUUCUUCAGGGCAACAAUUAAUCGUCAUUUGUC